GUUCGUGACAAAAGACCCCUUAGGUUCGUUCACCUGGAGCAGGCCAGACAGCAAAACAGCGCACUAUAAUAGUCAACACAAACCGAAUCCACCAAAAGGUCAAAAGCACACAUGGGGGACCCGAAUCCAACACAGCGAUGAAUCACCAUUUUUCCAUCCUCAUAAUCUCAACAAUUUAAUCCUCCUUUCCCUUUGUUACACCCAAAACACCAUUGAAUUUUUUUCUUAAUUUUGCAGUAGUAUUUUUCUUCUUCUUCUUCGAUCCCCUUUUCUUUCAACUUUUAUAUUAUUAGCACAGUUAAUUAACCGUUCCUAGGCGGUCUUUUUGGUCAAUUUGAUAGCAGUUUCAUCAUCAUAAUUUGUUGAAUUUACUGCCCCUUUUUGUUGUUUUGAAGAAAAGUUCAGUCUUUUUCUUUGAUUUUGUAUGUGGGAUUUGUGAUUUUUCUUUUCUUCGAUCCCCUUUUCGUUCAACUUCAUAUUGUAGCAGUUAAUUAGCCGUUCCUAGGGGGUCUUUCUGGUCAAUUUGAUAGCAGUUUCAUCAUCAUAAUUUGUUUAAUUUAGUGCCCAUUUUGGUUGAUUUGAAGAAAAAUUCAGUCUUUUUCUUUGAUUUUGUAUGUAGGAUUUGUGAUUUUUCUGUUCUUCGAUCCCCUUUUCGUUCAACCUUAUAUUAUAUAGCAGUUAAUUAACCGUUCAGUUUCGAAUUUCAUCGCUGAAUUUGGUCUUUUUGGUCAAUUUGAUAGCAGUUUCAGCAUCAUAAUUUGUUGAAUUUAGUGCUCCUUUUGGUUAAUUUGAAGAAAAGUUCAAUCUUUUGGUUAAUUUGAAGAAAAGUUCAAUCUACUUCUUUGAUUUUGUAUGCGGGGGUUUGUGUUUUCUGUUGUUCGAUUGCUCUUUUGGUCAAUUUGAUAGCAGUUUUAGCAUCAUUGUCUCUUGAAUUUACUGGUCCUUUUGGUUUGAUAGACGAAAAAGAUUGAAUUUUUACUUUGAUUUUGUACGUGUGUUGUUGCUUUCGUGCUUAUUUUUCCUCUUUUUGGUAACAACUUGUAGCAAUUAAUUGACUGCAUUUGGGGUGGUGGUGGUUCAGUUUCGAAUUUUGUUUCCUGUUUUUGUUCUAUCGAUUGGUCGAUUUGAAAGAGAAGAAGGAAAAAGAUUUCGAGAUCGAUGGUGAAGGAGACGGAAUAUUAUGACAUUUUGGGGGUCAGCCCUACUGCUACCGAAGCUGAGAUCAAGAAAGCAUACUACAUUAAGGCACGACAGGUUCAUCCAGAUAAAAACCCUAAUGACCCUCUAGCUGCACAGAAUUUUCAGGUGUUGGGAGAGGCUUAUCAAGUACUGAGUGAUCCAUCUCAACGACAGGCUUAUGAUGCACAUGGAAAAUCAGGAAUUUCAACAGAUGCAAUCAUUGAUCCUGCAGCAAUUUUUGCUAUGCUUUUCGGAAGUGAACUUUUUGAGGAGUACAUAGGUCAGCUUGCUAUGGCAUCAAUGGAUAUUUUCACUGAGGGUGAAGAAUUUGAUGCUAAAAAGUUACAAGAUAAAAUGAGGGUUGUUCAGAGGGAGAGGGAAGAAAAGCUUGCUGAAACUUUGAAGGACCGGCUCAAUCUUUAUGUACAAGUAAAUAAAGAGGACUUUGUUCGUCAUGCAGAAGCUGAGGUGUCGAGGCUUUCAAAUGCAGCUUAUGGUGUUGAUAUGUUAAAUACAAUUGGAUACAUAUAUGCAAGACAGGCAGCUAAAGAGCUCGGAAAGAAGGCAUUAUAUUUGGGUGUGCCUUUUAUUGCUGAGUGGUUCAGAACCAAAGGCCAUUUUAUCAAAUCCCAAGUAACUGCUGCAACAGGUGCAAUUGCUUUGAUUCAGCUGCAAGAGGACAUGAAAAGGCAGCUCAGUGCCGAAGGAAAUUACACUGAGGAAGAACUUGAAGAGUACAUGCAACCCCACAAGAAGCUAAUGAUUGAUUCUCUCUGGAAGCUUAAUGUAGCUGAUAUUGAAGCCACUCUUACUCGUGUUUGUCAAAUGGUUCUACAAGACAACAACGUAAAGAAAGAAGAGAUUCGUGCUCGCGCAAAGGGUUUGAAGACGCUUGGCAAAAUUUUUCAGAAGGUUAAGCCAGUCAAUGAAACCGAAACCACAGCAAACGCCAACGGUGUCCACAAGUUGGAUGGAAGUGAACCGAGCUACGACUCUCGUUCUUCAACUGCAUCAGUACAAUCUCAAAAUAAAGAAGGGGUGCCUUGUACAGAAUUUGCUUCACAGAGCCCAUAUGUGGAGGCUCCACAGUUUGCUGGUGGUCAAUUCAAUUAUAACUUCCCCAUGCCGACUGCACCACCAGGUGCACAUAGACCCAGGUAGACAGACACGGUGGACGCAGCAAGAAUUUGUGUAGCUUGUAAAUUGUAGUGCUUGUUGUGUAUGUGGCUUAUUUCUUAGGAAAAAGAGGGAGUUUGAGUUUCUUAUGUAUCCCUAGUGUGCUAUAUUUAAAGCCUGGUUUUCUUGCUUAGCAGAGAAAAGCUUCUAUCACAUUGCUUUCAUGAAAGACUGCUUUGUAAUUACUAUAGUAGUUAGUAGUGUGUAAGUUGUGUGGCCUGUGAAUGCAAAAUAUUUUAUAUUGCAUUGGUCUAUUCUUGUUGUAUAACCAAUUUAAAGUCUGUUAUUGACUUAUUCUGCCAA